AUAAAAUAUAAGGGAGGGAGGGAGGGUAGGAUUGCUCUUUGGCCGACAACGCUGUGGAAGGCAAGUGCCGACAGCUCUUUUAAAGUGUUGCUGCCUGGUGCAGGCAUGGCAGAAGCCAAUGUUCGGCUAGCUAGCAAGGUGCUGCCCAACCUCUGAUUGGCCCCUUUGAAGCUGAGGUUAAGAAGGGAGUUCCACCCUGAGAACAUGCUAGCUGGGGCAAUUCCCAGAACAGUUGACAAACAUACAUGAGUUUACAGCCAGGAUGGCCGUGGAGAGCAAGGUGCUGCAACUGCUGCCCACCUGAAAAUAGUGAGCACCCAUUUCUUCCUGUGUCCCAUUCACCCAGUCACCUCUGCAACAUCUUUCCCUUUCCACCAUGUGCCUCCCCAUUCUCCAUUCUAUUCCUUCUCUGACUCUCCAAGCUCCACCUACAUUCUAAAGGUAACUGCAAUAGCUGUUGCUAUGGACAGAACCAUCCCUUUCGUUGAUGGUCUCACAAACAACCACCUUAUCUUCUUUCUGGUCUGCUCUCAACUGUGGGAAGCUUUUGGGGCUCGGAUAAGAAGCCAAAGCAGGAUACUCUGGAGGUUGCUUUCCCAGUCAGAGAAAAUGACCAACCCUUACACAUGGUAACUGGUGUUGAUCUCAUUGAAUAUUUUGUGUGAGACUGCAGGUCAGAAACCACCACAAGGCUUUAUGUAUGCCUCUUAUGAGGUGACCAUCCCAAGAAAACUAGUCCCUAGGUAUGGACAAGAACAUCAUGAUGUCACUUACCUACUGCAGAUUGAGAGAAGGGGCCAUGUAGUGCAUCUUAAGCAGAACAGGGGCUUUGUCACUAAACACCUCCCUGUCUUCACUUACAGUAAGAAGGGAGACCUCCAGACGGACUAUCCUUUCAUCAGAGAUGACUGCUUCUACCAUGGCUUUGUACAAGACAAGCCUUCCUCCUGGGUCACCCUCAGCACUUGCUCAGGGGGUCUCAGGGGUCUGCUGCAUUUAGAAAAUGACACCUAUGAAAUUCAGCCUGUGCAGAGAUCUGCUUCUUCUCAACAUGUGGUGUAUAGGUUGGAAGAAAUAGAGGGUGCUGCACGCAUGAUGUGUGGGUUAACAGAAGAAGAGCAAAGGCAUCAAGAGGCCAUGAUCCGAAAAACAGAUAUAGUGGCUAAGGGUGCUCCAGAAGGAGGUUGGUGGACACACACCCGUUAUGCAGAGGUUGCAAUUGUUGUGGAUUACGAAAGAUAUGUGAGAAUUGAUAGAAAUGAAACUGUUGCUGCAAUGCGAGUUCUAGAUGUCAUUCAUGUUGCUAAUUCUUUAUAUAAGCAAAUUGGUGUUGUCGUGACUCUUGUUGGAUUGGAGAUUUGGUCAGAAAAGAACCUCAUUGUGAUUGAUAACAACAUUAACACCCUUCUUUCUAAUUUCAAUGACUGGAGAACAAACACCCUAAAUAAACAUUUAAAGAACGAUGCUGCUCAUUUAUUUGUAUAUAAGGGUUUUGGACGUACGCGAGGAUUAUCAUAUUUAGGAACAAUCUGUUGGACUGAUCGGGCAUGUGGUGUUGAAUCAUAUGUUGGCUAUAGUUUGUCUGAUUUUUCUAAUACAUUUUUCUAA